AUGGAUAUGGCCCUGGUGGACUUUGGGAGCCUAGAUGACCUCGAUGGUAGCCUCGAGGAUGAGGACACUUACGCGGAUGAGACCACAACACUUACUUUGGAUGUACGGCCAGAACAAGACACACCAGGAAGCAACUACCGACUGCGAGCUCCGCAGUUUACCACCUGCACAUCAACCCAGCCCAGUCCUGUUCCAUCGUGCAUGUGGGAAUCCACAUCAUCAACACCACUCCCAUUUAUCCAGACACUGGAAGUACCCAAUUCCCCGAUGCUUACUCCAAGCAUAGAGGGCAGAAGUAGUCGCUCCAGCAUGAUCUCCAACUGGAAGCUGCUCCUAAGCAGUGAAGGCACAAAGGAAAGUGAGAUAAUCUUCAGCCAACUUGCUAAGGAGUGCUGCGAGGACCUUUUUGUGGAUAAAAGAGGACUGGAUGAUGGAGACCAAAAAGUCAUUAUUAACAUUGCCGGUCUUCGCUUUGAGACUCAGCUCAAAACAUUAGACCAGUUUCCUGAUACACUUCUGGGAGAUCCUCAGAAGAGAAUGGACUAUUUUGAUCCAAUGAGGAAUGAGUACUUCUUUGACCGGAACCGACCCAGCUUUGAUGGGAUUUUGUAUUACUACCAGUCUGGGGGUAAGGUCAGACGUCCAGCAAAUGUUCCUUUGGAUGUGUUUGCUGAUGAAAUCAUAUUUUACCAGCUGGGAAAUGAAGCCAUGGAGCAGUUUCGCGAUGAAGAAGGAUUCCUCAGAGAUGUUGACAUACCACUACCUAAUAAUGACAUCUCAAGACAAUUUUGGCUGCUCUUCGAGUACCCAGAGAGCUCCAAUGCAGCUCGGUGUGUUGCACUGGUCUCCGUGCUCGUUAUAGUAAUCUCCAUCAUUAUUUUCUGCAUGGAAACGCUGCCGGAAUUCAGAGAUGACACUGACAUAGUUGUGCCCACCUCCAUAAAGCCUAUCAACCUCUCCAGCACUUACACUCCUGUGGCUGCACCUAGUGUGAUGCCAACAGUUUUCUCUGAUCCAUUUUUCAUUAUUGAGACUGCCUGCAUUGCCUGGUUCUUCUUUGAGCUCUGCAUAAGAUUUGUAGUCUGCCCGAGCAAAAGAGAGUUUUUCCACAAUCUAAUGAACAUUAUUGACAUCAUAUCCAUCAUCCCCUAUUUUGUCACAGUGGUGACAGAACUGGUUACAAAGACAGAGGAGAGCUCCGGACAGAAUAUGUCUUUAGCCAUUCUUCGGAUAAUCCGUCUAGUCAGGGUGUUUCGUAUUUUUAAACUCUCGCGCCACUCCAAGGGGCUACAAAUCCUGGGACAGACCCUCAAGGCCAGUAUGCGAGAACUGGGAUUGCUCAUCUUCUUUCUCUUUAUUGGAGUCAUCCUUUUCUCAAGCGCCAUCUACUUCGCUGAGGUAGACGAGCCGAACACCCAGUUUGUCAGCAUACCUGAUGGCUUUUGGUGGGCAGUGGUGACCAUGACUACUGUAGGCUAUGGGGACAUGUGUCCCAUCACGCUUGGUGGUAAAAUGGUUGGGACGUUGUGCGCCAUUGCAGGUGUACUGACUAUAGCUCUGCCUGUUCCUGUCAUUGUCUCCAAUUUCAACUACUUCUAUCACAGAGAGACUGAAGCAGAGGACAAGAUGUCCUUAGCAGAUGCUGUUGAGCAAGCCAUCAUGGCAGACUUGGGUACCAAACAAAGGAGCAGCACUUCACUGAAUAAAGCCAAUGGCAUCUGA